GUCAGUCGUCCGGAUCGUGGAGCUGUGUGCAUCUCGUCGUCAGUCGUCCGCUCGCCGCCCGAAGUCGCGCAGCUUCCCUGGCGAACGCGGAAGCCCGAAGAGCGCCGUCCUCGGGCCCUGUCGGCGCUCAGGCCCCUUCGCGCGCCUCCUCGCUCGGCCGGGACGUUGCUGUGGAGGCGUGAGGCGCCGGCGGUCGAGCACCUGGAGCGACGGUAGCCCGCGGCCUGCGGUUCUUCUCCUCCCCCGCCGCCCUCCCACCCGAGCUGCGGCGGGGCUCGGCCGCCUCGGUGCUUCUGCACGAACAAAGGAGGCCCCCGCGGCGCCGGCGCAGCUCCAUCUGCGGUCCGAUCCACCCGGGCCCGCGGCGGCCGCUAGCCAGCCCUUCCCGGAGGCCUCAGCCCGGCCCACCGCCCGGCGUCGCGCGCCAGCUCGCUAGUGCAUCCGGGCCCCGCAGGCACAAAAAUAUGGCUCAGGAGACUAACCAGACCCCAGGGCCCAUGCUGUGUAGUACUGGAUGUGGCUUUUAUGGGAAUCCUAGGACAAAUGGAAUGUGUUCUGUUUGCUACAAAGAACAUCUUCAGAGACAGCAGAAUAGUGGCAGAAUGAGCCCAAUGGGGACAGCUAGUGGUUCCAACAGUCCUACCUCAGACUCUGCGUCUGUACAAAGAGCAGAUGCUACUUUAAACAACUGUGAAGGUGCUGCUGGCAGCACAUCUGAAAAAUCAAGAAAUGUGCCUGUGGCUGCCUUGCCUGUAACUCAACAAAUGACAGAAAUGAGCAUUUCAAGAGAGGACAAAAUAACCUCCCCGAAAACAGAGGUGUCAGAGCCAGUUGUCACUCAGCCCAGUCCAUCAGUUUCUCAGCCCAGUUCUUCUCAAAGUGAAGAAAAAGCUCCUGAGUUGCCCAAACCAAAGAAGAACAGAUGUUUUAUGUGUAGAAAGAAAGUUGGCCUUACAGGGUUUGACUGCCGAUGUGGAAAUUUGUUUUGUGGACUUCACCGUUACUCUGACAAGCACAACUGUCCUUAUGAUUACAAAGCAGAAGCUGCAGCAAAAAUCAGAAAAGAAAAUCCAGUUGUUGUGGCUGAAAAAAUCCAGAGAAUAUAAAAUUACUACAUGUGAAGAGACUGAAACUUUGUUUUUAUUUUAAUAUAUCGUAGGAAAACAUUAAAGAGCAGAUGCAUGGCCAUUUUCCUUUGAUGUUCUCCAGAGUUUUGCUUUAUACUUGUCUGUCAUAUAAUUGAUAUUUUAGGAUGUUUGGGUGUUUGUUACAGGCAGAAUUGGAUAGAUACAGCCCAACAAAUGUAUAUGCCCUCCCCUCAGUAAAAUUGGACAAAAAUAUGCACAGCAAAUUGAAAUACACAUAUACUAGGAACAAAAUUUAGUUCCAUGUGCCAAACUGAAUGAAAUCUCUGCAUGUUUGCAGCAUAUCUGCCUUUUGGGAAUGUAAUCAAGGUAUAAUCUUUGGCUAGUGUUAUGUGCCUGUACUUUAAAAAAAUGGUACACCAGAAAAGGACUGGCAGUCUACUACCAUAGUCAAACUUCACCUUAAUUUCGACAUGCUUUUGGAAGCAGGAAGAAAGCUACAAAACCAGUAUUUGGUGCCAUGUGUGAGCCUGGUUAAAUUGGUCUUCUAAAAGCUGUCAAUUAGGACAUUCUGCGAAAGGUAACAUCACAACUGGUUCUGAGUAAAACCAUCAAGUCAACAGCAGGGUGCCUGAGAUAAUCUUUGAAGCUUAUUGUGCUGGCCUGCACCAGAAGAUAUCUGCAUUCUCAUUACUAAAAUUGUAGCACAGAACUGCACUAGGAUUUGUUUACAAGAAGAAAUUAAAACUCUACGUUUGGUUUUCACAUAUAGCAGCUCUGUUAAAUAACAUGCAUCUGAAUUUUAAGUUGCAAAGGUAUCUGAGCAGUUAGUUUUUCAUGUGCAUCUUUUGUUGAAUGUUUUGGUUCAAGAAAGAAUGUUUAAAGCUUUUUAAAGACUUCAGUUCUUAAUGUAACUGUACCCUUCUGCAUGGAAAAUCAUAACCAACAUGGCUGCAGUAGACUUCUUUAGUGGUAUCCAGCACCACUUGCAGAGGGCUGCUUUAUCAUAUUGUAUUUGGGUGUAGGACUCUAGUGUUCUUGGGUGUAUUGCAUGGGCUGCAUUAUCUACAGCAUUGUACAAUAACAACUAGAAAAGGCAGUAUACUUCACUGAUGCUUGUCUGGUAAUAUCACUUCUGUGUUAUAAUGGAAGGUUUUUUGUGAUGUAUGAAACUUGUGUUUUUUAUAUAUAAAUGAGUAUAGUUAGAUUAGUGUUGUGGUAAUGCCUGUUUUCAUCUGUAAAUAGUUAAGUAUGUACACAAGGCACUACUUCUGAUUUAUUGCAGUGUUCAGUCCUAGUUUUUCUUUAUUAAAACAUUCAGUUUUGCUUCAAUUUUAUGUACUUUAGUUCUAAGUUAGAUUUGCAGAUGUGUACAGAUAGUUCAUAUUUAUGUAUUGCACAUAAUCAUGCUAUUCAGCAUUGAUGCUAUAUUGUAUUAUGUAAAUAAUAAAAGCAGUGUACAGAGGGAAACUUCUUGUUCAUUGGGUUUUUAAGCCUUGGACACCUAAACAGAGAAAAUAGGAAAGUUUUCAUAUUCAAAUUUAUUAGUUAAUUUCAUAUAGCUUUGUACUACAAAGUUAUUUUGGCAUGGUCAUUCUUGAAUUCAGUCACGUGAAUACCAUGAGCUGGUCAUGAAUCUUUCUCAGGUGUGGCAUUAUGAUAGGCAAAUUUCGAAGAGUGAGAUGGGCACCAUUAAUAUGAAGCAGUCCUAAAAUUUGAGAAAGGAAUGAAAUUUAAAUAAUUGUUCAUCCCUCUCCCCUUUUUUUUUUCCUGGUUAAACAACCCUGAAUGGAGAUGUAGGUGCUUAAACAAAAAACAAUUGCUUUAUUCCGUAUGGGUUUGGAUCUAGAGAGGAGAAAAUUAAUUCAAUGCAAGUCUUACACUUAGAUAAGAAAUAACAUUUAAAUGCUCCAGACUAAAUGAAGUCAAGAAUAAAACCAUUGCUUAUCAGAGAUGACUAGAAAUAGUGCAACUCCUGCCUAUCCACCCUUGAGGAUUACUACUUGUAGAUGAAGUAUAAAUGUUUUACAGAAGUCCAUGGUUUGAACAGUAGUAGUACCCCUCAGUUUUGGGUAUUGCAUCCCUUGAGUUGAAAACAAGGCAUUUAAAAGGAGAACUUGUUUUUAAAAUGACUACUCUUCACAAGUGUCAACAAAUGCUUCAGUACUUUGCCAUUUUUUUUUGUUUGUUGGACUAAACCAAGUCUCAUGCAUGUUAAAGGAAGUGCUCUUCUGAAGGCUGUGUGGGAGUCCCUGCUCUCUCAGUUUGUGAAAGCUUCAGUAGCAAGAUAUUACAAUAGUGAUAGCAUAAUCAUAUUUUGGGACAGAGACUUAUGUGGGGGUCUUAACCCUAGUUCACAGUGUAGCCCAAGUUAGCCUGUUACUUGUAAUCCUGCCUUAGCUAACUUCCAGGGUGCUGAGAUUAUAGGAAUGAGCUCUUGACUAUUCAAAUACUCAUAUACAUAGGAACUUUGAAGAUUUUGGUUUAGAUAAUCUGUCAGGAACAUCAACCAGGGAGAAUGAUUUCAGGAAGGAACCAAGGAAGAGUUGAGUUCUUCAUAGAUGCUUGGACUCGAUGUGUGACUCAUUCCAGACUGAUAAGUGCUGUGCACAUUGAAGUUAAGUUAUGUUACGUAACUAGGCAAAUCUUUGCGUGUAAUCUAAUGGGCCUCAUCUGUUAAGCUUGGACUUCUAACCCAGUGAGUGGUUAGGAGAAGGAUGAUUUUGUUUUGUAGUGCUAAGGAUGAGGUAUAGGUUGUCAUUGGACAAGUCACUCCUUACCACACUGCCCUGCCUCAUUUGUUAGGAUGAUAAUAAAUACCUAAUUCAGGAAUGUCCAGAAAGCACUUAAGGGUUCCUGCCACAAUACUUACUAUUUAAUUUCUCAGGAUGAACUUUAGAACUUGAAGGAAACAAUGAGUUUGGUUGCAAACCUUAGAGGCUACGAUCUAUAGUUUUGUUUUUGAUUUUGAAACGGUCUUUCUUGCUUUGUAACCCAGGCUGGUCUUGAACUGGUGGUAAUCUUGUCAGUCUUGGGACUGCAAUGCAAGGAUGUGCUACCAUGUAUGGCAGAUGGGUUGAUUUUUGAGACUGCCAACUGUAAGUAGCCAGGCUAAUCUUCGACGACUCCUGCGUCAGCACUCCAAAGUGCUGAGUUACAGAUCUGAGCUGUCAUGCCUCACUUAAGAUCUCCAACUUGCACAUAAAGUGAUUUGAGGUGUUGUUCUGAGUUAGGUUUUCUUGAAAGAUGUCUACAUUAAAGUUCCUAUUAACCUAAACUGGAAAAUGUCUAUUAAGAUAGCAAAAUGCCAAAACUAUGUCUGGUUUUGUCUUUAUGAAUGCUCUUAGGGUUUCAAAAUGGCUAUAUGAAUGUAUGAAGUUUCAGCUUGUUCCGUACCCACAACAUGAAAUGUGUGCAUUUUAGUUCUUGAUUUUCUGUAAAUACCUGCUUAUUCAUUUAGUGUUAAUGCCAUCUGUAGUAUCAGGUUGUAGCUCUGGAGAGGGUUGGUUAGCAUGGAUAACAUUGUGUACCUGAGGGCUGGAAAGGUAACUUGGCAACUGAGUGUGCUUGUUGGUGCUCUUCCUUAGGAAGUACUAACACUUCCUAAGGAAGUCUAGCUUCGUGGGCACUGCACAUGUUGCUACCAAGCCUAUCUAACCUGGGUUUGAUCCUGAGGGCCUAGAGAGACUUAACCAUUGACUUGUAUGCAAGCACUCCCACACAAUAUAAAAACUAAAACUUGCAGAGUCCUGUUUUAUAUUCCUCCAGACUACAUUUCUGUACAAGUAAAAAUGAGUUUCUGUAGAAUAAAUGUAAAUCCAUUUUGAUCACAACAACUAAGUGAUUCUUUUUUUUUGUUAGUAGAGAUGUAUUCUUCACAGAAGUUAUAGCCAUGGCUGUAACUUUCCAUGUAAACAAGGCUUUUAAUUUUGAGAUUGAAGUUGUGAGUGCUGGGAUUAAAGGUGUGAGCCACGUGAGAUACUUGUUAAUACCAAGCUGAAGUAAAUUAUAGGUUACUUUAAGUAAAUUGAUACUCUUGAAUAUUUCUCCUGAUUUUUGUUUUCAUUUGUCACAGAAUUUCCAGAUUGUAGCUAGGCAUAUAGGAUUUUGAGCUUCUAAUCCCAGCACUCCAGAGUCAGGAUUUCAGCAAGUUGAGACCAGCCUGGGUUGUAUAACCUAGCCCCUUUAGGAUUUGAGGUUAUUUGUAUCUGGGAUGGUGAAAUUUUCAAAGUUGAGCCAAGUGUAGGAACUAUUAAAAGACUUCACAUAAGCAGUCUCCAUGUGAGUGACUACGUGUUUCUGUCAGCACUGGCUCAAACACUCAUAUUUAAAUUUCUCAAGUAGCCUGUGUGUAAUGCCCAUGGCAAACUUAAGUUCACUGGCCUUUAUUGCACACUUGUGUUUUCUUGUCCCUCCAUCGCUACAGAUCGAUUCAAACAUGCAGGUGAUGAUAGUGCUUGAGACUUCCUGUUGUGUCACAUCUUUCAACUCUUAUGAAAGCCCUAGGUUUUGUUUUUAUAAUUCUGUGUCCACACCUAUGAGAAAAGUACUCACCAGAAUAGUAUUUCUCACCUUGGACUUAGGCAUCUAUCUAAUACAACUACAUAGUAUGCUAAAUGGCUUUGGGGUAAUUAUUACUGUAAAGCUAUUCUGCAGUAAAAACGUAUUAAAGGGUGGUUAUUCUGCAGAUUCAUCAGUUGUUAGCUGUUUGUGUCACUCAUACAGAGAUAAACUAAAAUGCAUGUUUUUUUAGAGUGCCAUUUUUAGUUCUAUUUAACAUUCAGUCGACAUACAGAUUAGAUUGUGUUGAAUAUCUAGGGUUACAACAGUUUUAACACUCCUAGAUUAUAUCAGAUGAGAAAAAAGGUGUCAGAUGAUACCUAUUUGAAACACGUUCAAUGUACACAUUGCGUUGUUGGCCUGGCUUUUAAGCAUUGGGGUGAUAUCUUUGAGUCUUUAAAUGAGAUUAAGGCUUUGUGGUGAAUUAAAGAGUAGUGUAUUCAUUAUUACUUAAUGAGCUGUAACUAGCAGGCAGUGCACAGUACAACUGGUGUUUCUGCUGUGUAAAACAUCAGGACUGGGAUUCAAUACUAAGAAGAUUAUACAAGUAAAUACUAGACAAAAAUUAUAAAAGAGGGUUAUGCUAUUACAUUCCUGGAGUGCUAGAACCAGGGUAUAAAACAAUAUUAACAGUAACGUUACCUUUAUUUAACCCCCUCAUCAGGCUCUAUCUUCCCCUCACAUUUUGUUCAAAUAUUUCCUAAAAGAUUUUCUGUGGUUUUAACCAGAAUAGUAGUCAUUUAAAUUUUUACUAUUUCAAAGCCAUGUUUUUUUUCUUUGUUUUGUUUUGUUUUGUUUUUUAAAUGUGAUUCUUUCAACACAAUUUAUUCAAUUUUAUUUAACUUCUACCAGGUCUGGAUUAGGCUUAGCAAAAUGCAGUGUGUUGAAGCGAAAGUUAGAAAUGGUGGGAAUUCGCUUACCCUAGCUAGGGAACAGGUCAAGUUCAGACUAGAGCACCCAGCACUUGAUGCUCUUAAAUGCCUUACCUUCUUGGAAGGGAUGGUAAUGCAUGGCCAUUCCCACUUGGCCUGGAGAUAAAACAGCCUUGAGCUACAGUUACUAAGAGCAGUGGGAGCAAGUUGGUUAGGCUGAGUUCCCACUAUCCGACAGGAAACAAAGGCUCUGGUGGAUAAGUCUGAGGUAGCCUACAUUACAUGGCCAGAGUUUUUCUGGCCAUCUUCUGGAUUAGGGACGAUAUUUUUAAAAAGAUCUCUAUUAAAGUAUAUCAGAAGGGACACUUUAUAUUUAUUAUAUAUUAUAUAUUUAUGGUUAUUAUAGGGCUAAUAACCAAAAAAGGAACAUUUUUAAAUUUACUCAAAAUGCUGUUAAGUGAGAAGGUUUGUACAAUGUUUUAAAUUCCUUAUACAGGAGCUGCAAUAGAAAUCUAAUGGAAGUAUAUAUGUAAUUUUAAACUUCUUGACAACCACAUCCUAACAAAAUAAAAAGGGUGAAAUU